AUGGCUGCAAACAACGAACCUGUCACAAGCGACUCCGACGACAGUAGCAAUAUUCCGGUCAUUGAGAACGAAGCAGAGGGUGUCAAGCUCACCCCUCACACAGAAAGCACCGGAAACACCACGAAGCCGUCUCGAAAGGCUGCCGUCAGAACUGCACCCAGGACUGGCCGUCCGCGCAGAGGCACGGUGGAAAGGACGUCUCGCAAGCGAUCCGUCGCCUUUGUCGCCGAACUUGACGAGGUCAGGAUCAUCGGCGAGAACAGCACGGUGUCGCUGCCGGUAGGGCGUCCGACCGAGUCGCACAGCGGACAGUCCCUCGCGCAAGGAGCACACUGCAAGACGUCCAACUACGCAGAGGGACGCGGCGACGUUUUCGGGCUCGAGGACGUGCCGCGACGCAAGGAGUUGCUUCGCGCGCUGGCGGAGAUCAACACGCUGCAGGAAGCAAGCGCCACGCUGCACCUUGGCACUGCAAUCCAAAUACCCGGCCCGUCGUCGCCGUUCGUUAGCUUUCGCGACGCUCACUCGACGAUCGAAUUCUCCGUGCUGCGCAGCCGUCUCGGCCCGGACGUCUUGGCCGCCAUCGAGGCGCGGGAGGCGGCCGUCGUCGACCUGCAGUGGGCGACGGCGGCGGCCAUCUGGCUGUACGUCAGCUUCCUUCGGCUUGGCGCGAUCUGCGAGACGCCGCUGCACGGGUGGGAGCAGCUCUGCGAGGCGUACCCUCCUCUGCGCGAGGACAGCUAUCUGAACAACGCGUUGCUGGCGGCCGUCUCGCUGGCGAAAGAAGUCGACGACGAGCGGUUUGAGAGGUGCGUUGUGACGGAGCUUGCCCGCGUCGUUCGAGCCGGGCUUGGACGACUGGCUGCAGAGGGAUUCCGAGCGGACGAGGGCAUGGACGUCGACGACUCAGAUUACGUUCCACACGAGACGGAGUGA